UCAGGAAAUAGCCAGCCAGUCCUCCUCCUCCUCCUCUUCUCUCUCUCUCUCUCUCUCUUGUUUUCUUCGUGAUCAUGAACUCAUAACCCGGGGCGGCUGGUUACAUCUGUACCCCCGACCGGCUGCAUAAUCGCUUUUGUGUCUUUCGCUUUUCGACCGGGACCGGGGACUCGGCGCAGCUCGGCACCGACACCGUUCUCCAAAAAUGAGGUAAGGACUGGGUGAGUCCAGCAUCUGCCAGGCUCGAGCCACUGUGAUGAUCUAUGAUGACGCAAACAAGAAGUGGAUUCCGGCGGGGACGGGCGCUCAGGCCUUCAGCCGGGUCCAGGUGUACCACAACCCCGGCAACAACACCUUCCGCAUCGUGGGCCGGAAGAUACAGGCGGACCAGCAGGUGGUGAUCAACUGCCCAAUCACGAAGGGCCUGAAGUAUAACCAGGCCACGCCCAACUUCCACCAGUGGAGGGACGCCAGGCAGGUGUGGGGUCUGAACUUUGGCAGCAAGGAAGACGCGGCCCUCUUCGCCAAUGGCAUCUCGCACGCUCUGGAAGUGAUCAACGCACUGGGCGAAGCAGGCUUUCCCAGUGCCCCCCGACCUGUGCAGAAUGGACCCUCCCAAGAAGAACUGGAGCAGCAGAGGAGGCAGGAGCAGGAGAGGGCGCGUCUGGAGAGGGAGAGGCAGGCCGCUGCGGCCGCGCCCCCAGCUCCCGCACCCCCAGGAGGCCCUCCUCCCCCGCCAGGACCACCUCCUCCACCAGGGCCCCCUCCCUCAUCGGGUCCACCAGCUCCUCCCGCCCCACCUGCCCCACCCUCAGGUGGCCCCCCACCUCCUCCAGGACCUCCUCCUCCCUCUGGGCCGCCGGCCCCGCCACUGCCGUCAUCUGGGGGUGGCGUAGGGGGAGGGGGCGGCGGCGGGGGCAGCGGAGAGGGGGGGCUGGCAGCGGCUCUUGCGGGGGCUAAGCUGCGCAAAGUGGCCAAGGCGGAUGACGGUGGCGCUUCACCCACAGCAGCCAAGGGAGACCGCAGUAGCACCCCUGCACCAUCAGGGGGCAGCGGCGGCGGCGGCGGUGGUGGCGGCGGAGGAGGCCUGAUGGGCGAGAUGAGCGCCAUCCUCGCUCGAAGGAGAAAGGCCACAGAUAAGCCAACGGCAGCGAAGAAGGAGGAGCCCAGUAGCGACGACGUGGAAACUGCGGAGGCGAAGCCCCCCACCCCAGCCGAAACUGCCAGAAGACCCUGGGAAAAAGCUUCUACAAUGCCAAGGAGUAACUCCGCCCCCAAGGACAUUGAAGCCUCCCCCAGCACAGCUGCCCCUCCUUUCUCCUCAGGGUCCAGGGUGAAGACAUCCAGCACCAGCGAAACGGGAGUCAGCCAGGAGUCCGAGAUGGAGAGGAUAAAGCAGGAGCUCCUGGAGGAAGUCCGUAAAGAAUUGCAGAAGGUCAAAGAGGAAAUCAUUGGAGCCCUCAUCCAGGAGCUGCAGAAGCGAGGCUCCUUGUAGCCAGCAGGGGGUGCUGGAGGUUGGAAGGGGGUGGUGGUCCCACAGACGUUUUCUUUCUCUGUGUUUUGUGUGCCCACCCUCCCCGUGUGACACCAUACCCCACACACUUCCCCGGCCAUCCUGCCCGCUCUCCUUUAUGCCCACCGUUCCAACUCCCCCCACCCCACCACUCGCGGAACACCAACUCUUCUCUUUCUGGCUGCCUGUCUCCACUCUAAAACGGACCUGUCUGGCUUGGCACCCUGUUUAGUGCCACAAUCCAGAAUCACGGACUCUCCUGGUGCAAAGCCGUCCGCUGCAACAUCACCGGUCCUGGGUGGUAGCCACGGCAACGACCCGGUCGACCCAAACCCUGCUGAUUGUAUCAUGGUAUCAUAUGCCUCUGUAGAUUGGUCCCCCCCUAGUGUGUGCAUCUGGAUUCUGGGGUCUGAUGGGAAAGUUUGAGGGGGGGUGGAGUUUAAACCUCAGGGAUGAACAGCAGCGUGCUGACGGGGGGGGCAGUGCGACCCCUCUCGGCUCUUGUACACCCCCCAUGACCUGUUCGUCUGUCCCUUUUUCAGAAUAAAAAUGAAAAAAAAUGCCAAUAAAUAAAUAAAAGGGAAAUGCGUGACAUGGCAGAAACGCAAUAAAGCGGAAGUUGGGGGGGGGGGGCGGUUAUGUUUACUGCAGUAGAGUCGUGCCAUCCUGCGGGCUGGCAGAGUGUGAGUGCGUGCAUGCGUGCGUGUGUGUGUGCAUGAGUGCGUGUGUGUGUGCAUGAGUGUGUGUGUGCAAGAGUGCAUGUGUGUGCAUGCAUGUGAGUGUGUGUGCAUGAGUGCAUGUGUGUGCAUGCAUGUGAGUGUGUGUGUGUGUGUGAGUGCGUGUGUGUGCCGUACUGCAGGUCUGGUUCUAAUGGCUCCUUUAGCCGUGGUUAACAGGUAAUCCUUGACCAGCUAACUCCGGUUUUAAACUAUGCUUCUCUCUCGUUUGUUGUUUUCCAUCUGAGGCCUGUUUUAUAAACGUAAAUCGAAAUAUGAAGUAAACUUUGGCCCCGCCUGCUGACUGCCUUGGAAAUUGAAAUAUAUAUAUAUAUGUUUGUUUUUUUAGGAAAAAUAAGAUGCUGUUUCUAUUUUAAUUGAAAUUCCUGGUGAGAGGACAGUGGGAAAUAUUUUAAUGAUUUUCUUGUCUUUGAAAAUAUGAUUAUUUUGGUUUUAUUGAUAUUUUUUUCUAAAAAAAAGUCUUUUUACACUGAAAUUGUUUAAACAAACAUGUUCAAACACUGGAUGAGAAAAUGCCUCCAUUGUUUAAAAUAAUACAAAAAAAUCCAGCUGCUUCUUGUCA